AUGAGAGUGGAGGCCGAAAAGCUAAAGCACAAGGCAAAACAUUUUCUUCGCACGUUAGGCGUAUGCGGAGCGGACGCAACACGGAGUCACUCCCGAAGGAUGGAUGCACAGACGAAACAGAACCUGCAGGAGCGGCGUAAGGCCCGCUCACUGGUCAAAUCCGUCAUCAAUGUUGUGCACAAGUUUCUCACCCUGCUCGUACGGUGGCUUUCGCGUACGAUCUAUGGCGAGCACGGUAAACGGAUGCCACCGAUAACUAACCUCAUACUGAUGGAAUCGGCCACCUCGCUCGCGACGAAGAUUCGCACACGCAAGCUCACGAGCGCGGAGGUAACGCAAGCCUUCAUUGACCGAUGCAAGGAAGUGAACCCACUGCUGAACUGUGUGGUUGACGAGCGGUUCGAGGAAGCGCUGAAAGAGGCGGAACGGGCGGACAAGCUGAUCGCCUCCGGUACGAUGACCGUCGAGCAGCUUGAGCGCGAAAAACCAUUCCUCGGUGUGCCGAUAUCGACGAAGGACUGCAUACGGGUGCAGGGUCUGCUGCACACGUCCGGCAUAUGGAACCGGCGGAACAUACGCGGCGACAAGGAUGCACGCGCGAUGGAACUGAUGCGACGCGCCGGUGCCAUACCCUUUGCCCUGACGAACGUUUCCGAGUGCUGCAUGUGGUGGGAAAGUGUGAACACCAUUCAUGGCCGUUCGAGAAACCCGUACGAUGCCAAUCGUAUCGUCGGUGGAUCGAGCGGUGGCGAAGGAUGCAUUCAGGCUGCGGCUGGUUCCCCAUUUGGGUUGGGUUCGGACAUCGGUGGAUCGAUCCGGAUGCCGGCCUUCUUCAACGGUAUCUUCGGGCAUAAACCAUCGAAGUUCGUUGUGUCUAACGAGGGCCAGUACCCGGUGGCGUUGUCGGACGAACAAAACUCAUUCCUAGGUAUCGGACCCAUGUGUCGCUAUGCCACCGACCUGAAACCGAUGUUGCGAAUCAUUUCCGACGAGAAUGUGGCCAAACUUCGGCUAGAUGAACCGGUUGAUCUGAAGCAGGUGAAAUUCUUCUAUCAAAUUAACGAUGGCGGCGCACAUCUGGUGUCGCCCGUCGAUCUGGACAUACGCGAUGCAAUGGAGAAGGUGAUGGCACAUUUCCGUGCCACGGUCAAGGCGGAAGUGAAGAAGGUGUAUCUGGACAAGCUGCGCAAGUCCGCACCGAUGUGGCUGGCCAACAUGAAAACUCCGUCCAAGGUUGGAUUUGAUUCGCAGCUCGCCAAUCUGGAGGGUACGAUUAAUCCCUGGCUAGAGCUGGCCAAGUGGCCGUUGCGCAUGUCGAACCACACGCUGAUCGGCAUACUGACCGCGCUCUCGGAACGGAGCGGUGUAAAGUAUGGUUCGGAAGAGUACCACCAUUACGUGCAGCAGAAGCAAGAGCUGGUGAACGAGUUCCGCGAUAUGCUCGGUGAUAACGGUGUCUUUAUCUACCCAACGCAUCCGACAGUGGCACCGUACCACAAUGAGCCACUGAUACGGGCGCUCAACUUUAGCUACACCGCCAUCAUCAACGUGCUGGGACUGCCGGCAACGGCCGUACCGUUGGGUUUGGGCCGCGAAGGUCUACCGGUUGGGUUGCAGGUAGUGGCCGGCGUCAAUCAGGACCGUCUGUGCCUUGCGGUGGCCUGCGAACUGGAACGUGCCUUUGGUGGAUGGGUUGCACCGGAGGUGAAAGCCUAG